CGGCUACAAUUCCUUUUUAAUCUGAAGCAUGUCUCGCUUCCAGUCAGGUACUUGGGUCUCCCUUUAUGCUAAAAAAAGCUUUCGGUCAAAGACUGUGAUCCACUACUGUCUCAAAUAAGGAAGAAACUAAACUCGUGGACUCACAAGUUUCUGAGUUUGGCGGGACGGUUAACACUUAUUUCUACAGUUAUCUCGUGCUUUCUUCCUUCCAAAGCAGGUUAUUAGGAGGAUUAAUGGCCUCUGCAGCUCUUUUUUGUGGCGUGGCAAGAUUGAUACAUCCACGGGGGCAAAAGUGUCAUGGUAUGACAUAUGUUUCCCUAAAAUGGAGGGUGGACUUGGAUUAAGGAACAUUGGCAGUUGGAAUGAGACUUGUGCCUUGAAACUUUUUUGGUUGCUGUUUUUUAGAGACGGUUCUUUGUGGGUGGCCUGGAUAAGAAGUAAGUAUCUUUUUACUUCUCCUUUGUGGACUCUCAAUGGAAAAAAUGCUUCUUACUCACGGAUAUUUAGAAAACUUCUUCAGCUUCGUCCCAAAGUUCUUAAGUUUUUCAGCAUCAAAAUUGGCAAUAGUGAUUCUACCUUCUUUUGGUGGGAUCCAUGGACUCCUUUUGGAUCUCUUUACCAUUUUCUGGGUUCUGAUGGUCCUACUCAUCUAGGGAUCUCUCUGUUUUCAACUGUGGCUGAACUUAGAAUUGAGGAUGGAUGGUCUCUCCCUAAUGCCAGAUCAGAGAAACAAGUUCUUCUACACUCUUUCAUCUCUACCAUUUCCAUUUCUUCAUCAAAUGACACUCUAGUUUGGGCUGUUGAUGGUAUUCCUUACAAGCACUUCUCUUCCAAAGCGGUAUGGAAUGCGGUUAGGAUUUCAAAGCCAGUAAAUUAUUGGGCUCCUCUUGUAUGGCACAAAGCUGCCAUCCCACGACAUGUUAUAACCUCUUGGUUGUUUAUCCUCAAUCGUAACCCUACUCUUGAUCGUUUAUCUUCUUGGGGCUAUGAUGUUGAGUUAGAUUGUCUCCUUUGUGGGUUAGCCCAUGAAUCGAGAAAUCAUCUGUUUUUUAACUGUGUUUUCUCUGUUGAGGUUUGGCGAUUGAUCACACAAAGACUUCACAUCUCAUCUUCUCCGCUCUUAUGGGAUCAGAUCCUCCUUUGGCUGCCAACGACUUUAGUCUCCAGGAACAAAAUACUUGCUCUCCUUCAAGGAUGGCAAGGUGCAAUAUAUGAAUAUGGCGAGAGAGAAAUCGACGCUUUCAUGAUGGUAUCACCUUAUCUCCAGCCAUAG